CACUGGCGGAACCUCAGCAGCAGCCUGCGGCGCGGGAGGCCACGGCAUCGUCCGUGCGCUUCACCGUAACGCCCAUCAAAGCCGAGGAUCUCCCAGACACAUCGCCGGACGUCAGCUUGCGGUCCAGCGGCAGGGUUCGAUUCGGCUCCAGGGAGAGCGUGUAUCGGAGCGAGGCGUACAGUGAAGCGUCCGGAGGGCACACCACGUCUGCAGGGGCUGACACGUCGGAACGCAGCAGCGUGGAACACGGUGACGUGAAGCUGUCCAGCGUUUACAUCAAUAACUCUCACGCUGUGGAUGAUGAUGAUGAUGAUUUCUACGACAGGAAUCUCGCUCUCUUUGAGGAAGAGAUGGACACUCGUCCCAAAGUGUCAUCUCUGCUCAGUCGUCUGGCCAACUACACAAACCUCACGCAGGGCGCCAGAGAGCACGAGGAGGCGGAGAACAUUGGCGAGAAACGCAAGGCCAGGAAGUCUCCUCAGAUGGGCACCUUCAUGGGCGUCUAUCUGCCCUGCCUGCAGAACAUCUUUGGAGUGAUUCUCUUCCUCAGGCUGACGUGGGUCGUGGGGACAGCCGGGGUCCUGCAGGCGCUGUGCAUCGUCUUCAUAUGCUGCUGUUGUACGAUGUUGACAGCCAUCUCAAUGAGUGCCAUAGCUACUAACGGAGUCGUGCCAGCGGGGGGGUCGUAUUUUAUGAUCUCCCGUUCUCUGGGUCCGGAGUUUGGGGGGGCUGUGGGCUCAUGUUUCUAUUUGGGUACGACCUUCGCUGGGUCCAUGUACAUCCUCGGUGCCAUCGAGAUUUUACUGUUGUACAUCGCUCCUGGGGCCGCCAUCUUUGAUUCUAACGGUCAAGAUGGCGGGGCAGCCAUGUUGAAUAACAUGCGCAUCUACGGCUCCAUCUUCUUGGUGUUGAUGUCGCUGCUGGUGUUCGUGGGAGUCAAAUACGUCAACAAGCUGGCGUCAGUUUUUCUGGCGUGCGUUAUUAUUUCCAUUCUGUCCAUCUACACCGGAGCGCUGGUGUCCGCCUUCAAGCCGCCGGAUUUCCCUGUUUGUAUGUUGGGGGAACGAAGCAUCUCUCAGCUCAAACUGAACAACAGCCCGUGUGCUAAAACGCAGCGAGAUCCGACGGUGCCUGUCAACAUGUCCACCAGCGGCACGUUCAAUGUCAGCGAGGCUCCGCCUCUUUCCCCGUCAGCAGAGAAGACGACAGCGCUGUGGUCGCAGUUCUGUAUGGGUGGGGAGUUCAACGCCACGUGCGAUGAGUAUUUCCUCCAUAAUAACUUCACACAGAUACAGGGAAUCCCUGGACUGGCUAGCGGCAGGAUGGCAGAGAACAUCUGGAGUUCAUACUCCAGUAAAGGUGACGUCACAGAGCGAGUCUCUCAUCCCAGCACCCACGCUCUUGCGGAGUCCAGUAGGCACCCGUACGUGUUUGCUGACAUCACCACCUCCUUCACGCUGUUGGUGGGAAUAUUCUUUCCUUCUGUGACAGGAAUCAUGGCCGGCUCCAACAGGUCUGGAGAUCUGAAGGACGCUCAGCGGUCUAUUCCCAUCGGGACCAUUCUGGCCAUCCUCACCACGUCUGUGGUCUAUCUCAGCUGUGUGGUGUUGUUCGGAGCCUGCGUGGAGGGAGUUGUGCUCCGGGACAAGUUUGGCGACUCUGUGAAAGGAAAUCUUGUGGUGGGCACGUUGUCAUGGCCGUCGUCGUGGGUCAUUGUCAUCGGUUCUUUCUUCUCCACGUGCGGCGCAGGGCUGCAGUCGCUGACAGGAGUGCCUCGGCUGCUGCAGGCCAUCGCUAAAGACAACAUCAUUCCUUUCCUGCGGGUGUUUGGUCACGGGAAGGCGAAUGGAGAACCCACAUGGGCUCUCUUACUCACAGCUGUACUGGCUGAACUGGGAAUCCUCAUCGCUUCACUGGAUCUGGUUGCUCCAAUACUCUCAAUGUUUUUCUUGAUGUGUUACCUGUUUGUGAAUUUGGCUUGUGCUCUCCAGACGCUCCUCAGAACUCCAAACUGGAGACCGCGGUUUUUAUAUUACCACUGGUCUUUGUCAUUUCUAGGAAUGACCAUCUGCCUGGCUCUCAUGUUCAUAUCAUCGUGGUACUACGCCAUCGUUGCCAUACUGAUCGCCGGAAUGAUCUACAAGUACAUUGAGUAUCACGGAGCAGAGAAGGAGUGGGGCGACGGCAUCAGGGGUCUCUCUCUUAGUGCCGCUCGAUUCGCUCUGCUGAGACUGGAGGAAGGACCACCACACACCAAAAACUGGAGGCCUCAGCUGCUGGUCCUGCUGAAGUUGGAUGAAGACGCUCACGUCAAAUCUCCACGUUUACUGACGUUCGCCUCUCAGCUGAAAGCGGGAAAAGGUUUGACCAUCGUGGGAACAGUCAUAACAGGAAACUUCCUGCAGACGUACGGCGAGGCCCUCGCUGCAGAGCAGACUCUGAAGCAUCUGAUGGAGAAGGAGCGCGUGAAGGGUUUCGUGCAGUGUAUCGUGGCACAGAAGCAUCGCGAGGGAAUCAGUCACAUGAUUCAGUCCAGUGGAUUGGGCGGCAUGCGUCAGAACACGGUGGUUAUGGGCUGGCCUCUUGCCUGGAGACAGAGCGAAGAUCCACAGAGCUGGAAAACCUUCAUCAACACGGUGCGAGUCACCACCACGGCCCAUCUGGCUCUGCUCGUGCCGAAAAACAUCUCUCUGUUUCCAAGCAACAGUGAGGUGUGGACGGAGGGCUACAUCGACGUGUGGUGGAUCGUUCACGACGGCGGGAUGCUCAUGCUCUUGCCCUUCCUGCUCCGACAACACAAGGUGUGGCGCAAGUGCGGGAUGCGGAUCUUCACCGUGGCACAAAUGGAGGACAACUCCAUUCAGAUGAAGAAGGACCUGGCCACCUUCCUCUAUCAUCUGCGUAUAGAUGCCGAGGUGGAGGUGGUGGAGAUGCACAACAGCGAUAUCAGCGCCUACACGUACGAGAGGACGCUGAUGAUGGAGCAGAGAUCUCAAAUGCUUCGCCAGAUGCGUCUGUCCAAAUCUGAUCGUGAGAAAGAGCGAGUUCGCUGGAGUUUUGACGACGCACAGCUGGUUAAAGACAGGAACUCUAUGCUGCGGCUGACAAGCAUCGGCUCAGAUGAUGACGAUGACACAGACGGCGCCGAGAAGAGUGUGGAGCACAAGCGCGUUCACAUGACCUGGACAAAAGACAAAGCCCUUCAGAUGCUGAGCAACACUCAAACCAACACGGCUUCCUGCUGCAGCACGCCAGAGGGCUUCAGAGACAUGCUGAACAUACGUCCAGACCAUUCUAAUGUACGCCGCAUGCACACCGCUGUAAAACUCAAUGAGGUUAUAGUCAAUAAAUCCCAUGAUGCUCGGCUGGUCCUCCUCAACAUGCCCGGACCCCCUAAGAACCCGGAUGGAGAUGAGAACUAUAUGGAGUUUCUGGAGGUCUUAACUGAGGGGCUGGAGCGCGUCCUGUUGGUCAGGGGUGGAGGAAGUGAGGUCAUCACCAUCUACUCCUGAGUGUGACUAAAUCCUCUGCCUGAAAUCUGCCGAGAUGAGCGAGUAUUACAAAAUGAAAAGUGGCCAACAACACUUUUAUUUUGGUUUCGGUUAACAUUUGUUUUUAUUAUCAUUGACUGUCAAGAGACAGAGAUUUUAGUAUGACCAAGAACAGUGUUUGAUUUUCCAUAUUUGGCAAUAUGUGUGUGUGUCUGUUCGUGCACGAGCACUUACAUCCUCUUGUGUCGUGAAAAUAGAAGCGUGGCUCUUUGGGGAUAAACUUGACCAUUGGAUCAUAGAGAGGGAGAGAGAGAAUGAGAGAGCGAGAGCGAGAGCGAGAGAGAGAGAGAGAGAGUGUUCCACAGACUGACUCAGGGUUUAAGCUUUUAAUGCGGCAUGGAGUGUGUGUGUGUGUGUGUUUUCAGGAGAGUUGUGUUUAUGGUUGAGCAGCGUGUUAGAGGAUUAGUUCACCCGACAUGUUUUAUCAUUUACUUGACCUCACACCACUCCAGAACAAAACUUUUCUUUCACGAGACCUGAACGGAGUAAUUAAGAGUAAAGAAAUGAAUAUUGGAGUGACGCGAGGAUGAGAAAAAGGUUUUGGGUUUAGCGUGAACUGUUUCUUUAAAUAAUGUUGGUGUGUGUUGUGUACGCGGUCCCUCUUGUUUCAUAUGUUCUGCAUGGAGAAUUUGGGAUUGAGAAUCGACAUGUUAGACAAUGCGGUAGCAAUAGCUGUUUGACAUUCAUCCUGUUUCAGACCAAUAAUUUAUCCAUUCAUCGCUCAGAUGGUUUUAAAUGUACAGACACGUUUUCAUUGGUUUUCUCAUCUGAAACACUGCUUUGCAUAUCCUCAAUUCCUCAAAUGAUCGUAGUUUUGGAGCUUUGCCUUAUUUGUGCGAGUUUGAGUUCUCAGAUGUAGUGGAGGAUAUUUAUAUUAUGCUUUUAUUUUUUACUUUUUCAACGAUGGCUUGUAUGUCUAUGUGCAGUGAUUGCUGCUGAUUUUGUAAAACAAAUUGUUUUUUUCGUUGGAGAUCCCAAGUGUCAUCUGCUGUUUUUAUCACAAAUAAAACGAACAAAUAGAAA